AUGGACAUACCAGCAAUCUCAUCGGAAGUGUUGGUAAACGCUUUCACUCAAGAGCUCGUAGAGGGUGAGUUCUUCCGAUCCCUCAUCCGCAAACCCCCGAAAGAUUUCGCUCAUCUCCAAAGGAAGGCCACGGAGUACAUCAACGUGGAAAAAGCACAAGCGGCCCGAAAGAAAGAGGCGCCUGCCGAGCCUCAACUGGCGACUGAUCGGAGGAGACCAAGCAACCACCAGCCUCCGACCGGUCCCCAGGCUGCGGGGUCACAACCGUAUCCCGAGCCGAGAACGCAUGCAAUCCAUAUGGAAGCCGCCCAGCUCAAGAAGGGCAAAAAGUGGACCCCGAUGUUCUGUAAGUUCCAUCAAUCAGGGACGUACAACAGGUGGGAGUGUCGAGGCGACCCUAAUGUGCAUCGGCUCGCGCCAAAGGAGUAUAGUCGGUCGCCUACGCCGUAUUGGCAGCCCGAGCACCGAAUCGACCGAAAAAUCGAGGGUCAAAGGGCCCACGAGCCACGGGAGCAUCAUCCCCGAGAGAGAAACCCUAUUCACGCCUCGGCCGAUCGGAACAGACAUUCGGUGCGAGAAGAGGAGAACAGAAGGAACGCUUCCCGUGGAGAAAUUGGGAUGAUCUCAGGUGGCCCGACCGGGGGAGAUUCCAACCGAGCCCGGAAGGGCCACGCAAGGCAGCUGACCAUAUACGCGGUAGGGUGCAUCAAGGAGAAGGCAGAGGGGCCCGAGAUCAGUUUUGGCCCUAGUGACUUGGAGGGGAUCGAGAUCCCUCAUGAUGACGCACUGAUCAUCAAGGCGAUUGAUCGGGCUGAACUCCUGCCCAUGGCAACACCGCUAUACGGCUUCACCGGCAAUGAAGUCUCGCCAAUCGGGCAGACGAGGCUAGCCGUCUCGCUUGGAGAGGAGCCCCUGAUUAGGACGCGCACCACGAACUUUAUCGUGGUAGAUGCGCCCUCGGCGUACAACGUGAUAUUGGGUCGACCGACCCUCAACAAAUUUCGAGUGGUAGUGUCGACCUACUACCAGCAGAUCAAAUUCCCGGUGGGGAAGCUGGUAGGCGAAACUCGAGGGGACCAAGUGGCGGCCCGGCAGUGUUAUGUUGAGAUGGUCAAGGCGGAUGCUAAAGCCGCCAGGAAAUGCCCCUGA